AGCUGUCGCCUAGCACACGUAUCCAGGUACUUCCUGUCUAGCCCGCUAUCACCUGUCUUGACAUUCCCGAGUAAGCGGAGAGCCUUGUGGAAGCUGCUGUCAGAAGCGCUGCCAUCCAACACAGCUGGGCUGACAGGAGGGAAGGGGAGAACAUUAACCUUGGUCUCCCUUAGAUCCUGAUCCUGAGUGAAACUGCUAGCCAUGGAUGACAGCUCCUCACUGGGCAAAGUCAGCAGCUCAACAGAGUCCGUGGCCACCGUCACCAGUGAAGAGUUUGUCCUAGUGCAGACCAGCUCGGCCAGUUCACCGCAGGGCUCUGAAGGCAGACCAAGACUCAAGAUGUCCUGGAAUGGAAGUGAUCAGCUGGAAAAGGCUAUGGAGGAGGUGUUGGAUGAUGAUGAUGAGGUGAAGGUAGAAAAGAGCUGUGUGGAACAGAUGGAGAAGCAAAAGAAACUAGAGAGCCAAGUGUCAGAGACCCAACCUGCAGAAGCAUGUCCGGCACCAUCCAGUCCCAGUGUCAUAGAGGAGGACAGCGUCCAGUUCAACAAGCUAUCCUAUCUGGGUUGCACGUGGGUCAAAGCUCCUCGCAACGAGGCAGAGGCGCAGAGAGCCAUGGCGACCCUGCGAGCGGAGAGCGCCAUCCCGAUUCCCAUCACGCUGCAUGUUCCCUGUGGUCCAGAUGGUUCUGUCAGAAUCGUAGACCAGGCCUCAGGAACAGAGAUCGCCUCCUUCCCCAUCUACAAGGUGUUGUUCUGCGCCCGUGGGCGCGAGGGCUCUGUAGAAAGCGACUGUUUCUCCUUCACUGAGAGUUACCGAAGUUCAGAGGAUUUCCAGAUUCACGUUUUCUCUUGCCACAUCAAAGAGGCUGUCAGCCGCAUCCUUUACAGUUUCUCCACAGCCUUCCGGCGCUCUUCACAACGAGCAGACAUCAGGGACACAGCGCUUUCUGGUCCGCCUGACGGUGAUCUCUACACCUUCACUGUCUCACUAGAGAUCAGAGAAGAUGAUGGCAAAGGCAACUACAACCCAGUGCCAAAGGACAGGGAUAAGUUUUACUUCAAGCUGCGACAGGGUGUCCAGAAGAAGGUGCUGGUUUCUGUUCAACAAAUGUGCAACAAGGAGCUGGGCAUCGAAAGGUGUUUUGGGAUGCUGCUGAGUCCCGGGCAGAAAGUCUGCAAUAGUGACAUGCAUCUUCUUGACAUGGAAUCAAUGGGAAAGAGCUCAGAUGGAAAAGCCUACGUCAUCACAGGAACGUGGAAUCCCAACAUGGCCGCCUUCCAGCCUCUGAAUGAAGACACACCUAAAGAUAAGCAGGUCUACAUGACGGUGGCGGUGGACCUGGUGGUGACCGAAGUGGUGGAACCAGUUCGCUUCCUGUUGGAGACUCUCGUCAGGGUCUAUCCGUCAAACGAACGCUUUUGGUACUUCAGCCGAAAGACCUUCAGCGAAACGUUCUACCUCAAACUGCGGCAGCAGGCCCCUGACAGGGUGAGUCAGAGUGACUCUGUGUAUGAAGUGGUGAGCCUUCAGAGGGAAGCAGAAAGAAACGUUGAAGAAAGGGAGCAGGUCACCUCCCAUAAUGAGGAAGAAGAUGUCGAUGAAGAUAGUGACAGCGAAAUCUCCAGUGGGACUGGAGAUGUCUCCAAGGACUGUCCGGAGAAAAUACUGGAGUCAUGGGGAGCAAUCCUCACUAGAUGGCAUGGGAACCUGUCCACUCGUCCGAAGGGUUUGCCCUCGUUGGUCCGCAGUGGCAUUCCCGAGCCACUCAGAGCCGAAGUCUGGCAGCUGCUGGCCGGUUGCCACGACAACCAUGACCUGCUUGAACAGUACCGCAUCCUCAUCACCAAGGACUCGGCACACGAGAGCGUCAUCACCCGUGACAUCCAUCGCACUUUUCCAGCACACGACUACUUCAAAGAAUCUGAUGGAGAUGGACAAGAUUCACUCUACAAGAUCUGCAAGGCUUAUUCUGUCUAUGAUGAGGAAAUUGGUUACUGUCAGGGUCAGUCUUUUCUGGCUGCCGUUCUUCUUCUACACAUGCCUGAGGAGCAGGCCUUCUGUGUCUUGGUGAAAAUAAUGUACGAAUACGGCCUCAGAGCUCUCUACAAGAACAACUUUGAAGAUCUUCACUGCAAGUUCUAUCAGCUGGAGAAACUAAUGCAGGAACAGCUCCCAGACCUUUGGGCCCACUUCCAGGAGCUGAACCUGGAGGCACACAUGUAUGCCUCCCAGUGGUUCCUCACCCUCUUUACGGCCAAGUUCCCCCUCUGCAUGGUUUUCCACAUCACUGACUUGCUGCUUUGUGAGGGACUGAGCAUCAUCUUCAAUGUGGCCCUGGCUUUGCUCAAGACGUCCAAAGAAGACCUCCUGCAGGCGGACUUUGAGGGGGCUCUCAAGUUCUUCCGGGUCCAGCUACCGAAGCGCUACAGAGCUGCAGAGAACGCGCGGCGGCUGAUGGAGCAAGCCUGCAACAUCAAGGUUCCAACCAAAAAGCUGAAAAAGUUUGAGAAGGAGUAUCAGACGCUGAGAGAGAGCCAGCUGCAACAAGAGGACCCCAUCGAUCGAUACCAGAGAGAGAACCGGCGUCUACAAGAAGCCAGUAUGAGGCUGGAGCAGGAGAAUGACGAUCUGGCACACGAGCUGGUCACCAGUAAGAUCGCCCUGCGGAACGAUCUGGACCAGGCUGAAGACAAAGCCGAUGUGUUGAACAAAGAGCUGCUGAGCACCAAACAACGGCUGGUGGAGACGGAGGAGGAGAAGAGGCGGCAUGAGGAGGAGACCGCUCAGCUGAAGGAGGUUUUCAGGCGGGAACUGGAGAAAGCAGAGAUGGAGAUCAAGAAAACCACCGCCAUCAUCGCUGAGUACAAACAGAUCUGCUCCCAGCUGAGCACCAGGCUGGAAAAACAGCAGGCGGCGACUAAAGAGGAGCUCGACAUCGUCAGGAAUAAAGUGAUGAGCUGCGAACACUGCAGAGACCUGUUCAGCCCUGUGGGCUCCCUGCAGGCUUCGUCCCCCGGCGGCGACGGGACGUCCAGCGAGCCUCUGGACGAGGAGAAGGACGGGCUGAAGGAGCAGCUCAGACAGCUGGAGCUGGAGCUGGCUCAGACCAAACUGCAGCUGGUGGAGGCAAAGUGCCGGAUCCAGGAGCUGGAGCAUCAGCGGGGCGUCCUGAUGACUGAAAUCCAAGCUGCUAAGAACUCCUGGUUCAGCAAGACGCUGGGCUCUCUGAAGAGCUCGGCCUCCUCGUCCUCCAGCUCCGUGUCCCAGACUCCGUCCUCUCCGAAGGACGGGCCUGCCUAGCUGGACCUCCACCACUUUGUCCCCUCUACAUUCCCCUGCAGGACGCACUCUAGCGUUACGAACAAAGGCUGAAGAAAGUAGUGAAGGAGAAAUGCAGUAUUCCUUUUUUUCCAGUGGGUUGGAAAAAGAUGAGCUUCCUUAAAUUGCGAUGAAGAGGAAGAGAAGACGUUCUCUGCUCUACAGCUGCACAGUCUGGUGCAGGUGAAGUCUGGAAUUAGUUUCAAGUUAAUUUAUCACAAGCACCUUAACGGUCAAGUAGCACCAUCUUGUGGCCAGUUGUUGCUAUUGCAGAGAAAUAAAGGUCAGGAUUUUUCUAGUAGCUGGAACUUAAACCACAAAAUAGAAAAUGAUUUUAAAUCCAUCACAAUAGUUUUAUACAUCUACUAUUAAAAACAGAAACAUCCAGCACUCUAAAGAAAGGAAUACUGCCUACAGUAGUAAAUUAAAAUAUCACACAAGUUGCAAUUCUUUAUAGUAAUAUAACGUAAACAAUGUUGUCUUAUAAAUAUGUAUAACUAAUUGUUGACUUUUUUUAUUUUAAAUAAUCUUGUACAGUUCCUUAAAAGAAAAAGACACAGAAAAGCUCUUAUAUUUCUUUUCUACUGUUUGGAAGUUGAAUCUCAUCUCUGCAGAUGUUGAUGUAAGCACAGUGUGUGAGGGAUCGGCUCGGGUCCAAACGCCGAGGAGCCAAAAGGUGACGACCUGCAGAGAGUUUCUGCUCACCCCGAACCGUGUUCAACAAGUUUUCAUCUCUCAGAACAUUUAUUGUGACAAACAUUUUAUGUUUUGCAACUUUUAAUUAUUUAAUUUGACUAUUUCUUUUUAUAAUUAGCAACUAAUAUUUUAAGUUUAAAGCAUCAAGUGGCCAAAUUUCUUUCAAAAAGGUAUAAGGUCUUAAAAGUUGGCAUUAACCCUUGUGGUCUCUUAAAAUAUUACAAAAAAUAUUAAUCAAAAAGUAGAUUGUGAUCAAAUGUUUUAUUUAAAACAGAAAUACAACAAUUCUUCCUGCUGUUGCUAAAAUAAUCUCACAUUUUAAUUAUUCCAGUUGUAUUCUGUUGUAUGUAAUGUUGUUGCUAAAUUUUUAGAAAGCUAUCGUUUUUAAUAUUUGGCUCUUUAUGAAGAUUUGGUAUUAGCUGAUUAAUUAGUUGGGCUGUUUGCAGUUGUAGCCAGUCGGCUGCUUGCCAAAUAAACUCUCAGAACAGCAAUACUUCAGUAGGAGUGAUAGGGGGCGCUAUUCUUUUUCUCUUCAGGUCUGUUCAGAAAAAAGCAAAACUUUCAAUGCAACGUCUUUAAGCUAAAAUUAUCUCCUUAAAGCCAGAAACUCCAAACAGCUGAGCACCCAGAUCAUCAUUCAGCUGCUACUUUGAAUAAUUUAUCUCCAGGUAAAUAUAUUUUAUCUCAUGACAUUAAUAUAAAGUAUUGCUGUCAUUGCCAAACCGUCCUGAAGCCAUCUGGUAUGAUUGUGCCAACGUCCCAUUUGUUCUUUUAUUUUUACAUUUAUUUUAAUUUAAAGCACAAAAGCAGAAAACAUUUCAUAUUCAGGUAUAUGUUGAGGAUGAUUUUCUUGCCAAAAAUGUAAAUUUUGAUGCACUUUAGCUUCAUGUCAGAGAAGCUGCUCGGCUUUAUUCCUCUCUGGUUGACACUAAAGUCGGCCUUUGGACUCGGACCGAUCCCACGUGUUCGUUAUGUGUGUUUUCUGUAAAUCAAACGUUUGAAGUCGUUUCUUCAUCUUCACGUUGCUGCCUUUUCUGUUGAUGACUGAAGCAGCUGGCUGGAGAGACGAAAAGCCAUCCGAGUGUCUGAGAGCAUCAGCUGUGCCAUAAGAGCCUCUCCACGGUCUUCCUCUGCUCCGCGGACCGUCUGCGCCACCCUGAACGUUACUUUAUAGCAGACAGAUUACGUCCUAAUCCCAGGAUUCACUUCUCCAUGACAUUCCUGUUCUUGUCGGUCUGUGAGUGGAAGUGGUUGAACCGGGUGGAGGGAGCUCCCGGUCUGUUAUGUGCACUAACCAAACGUGGAUAUUUUAAACACUAUUUUAAGAUGUUUGCUUUUAUCUCAUAACUGUUGCUGAGAAGAGAUCGGCCCAUUUCUAAUCUAAUUCAGUUCAUUUCAGAGACCCGGAAGCAGCAGAUGAGUCAGAUUAGAGGCGGCUGUCGUUGUGUGGUUUACAGUUUGUUGUGGAGAUCUCAGUCUUGUUACAGACGGCUCCUCAGCUGGUCUGACUUCACUGUUUCCCUGUACAGAAACUGUUUCUGCUGCAUUAAUAAACUUCAGUUUGUUCAUGAA